AUGGAGAACGAAGCUGCCCGUAGAGAAGAGGACGUAGAAAGGAUCAGACUGCUCCUAACAGAGGAGAGGAAACUGUGGAGUCGUCCAAGUACCGAAUUGGUGAGCGACCGCGUGGAAGAAAUGUGCUACGGAUGGAAGCCAGUUCGCCCGUCGGCGACGUACAACCUUCGAAAGCCCGCCACGAAUAAAAGAAGAAAGGCUGCAGCAGCAACGCUCAACGCCGCCAGCAGCACGCUCUCAGUGAACUCCAAAUACGACAAGAGUCUCGAAAAGCGCUCCUACAUGAGCGGGGAGUUGGAUGAAAACUAUUCCUACGUGUACAGAGGCGGUCUCAGCAGCAGAACCACCGAUGAAGCAGGAGCAGUAUAUAGAGAGUCACAAAGGAGCAUCCUGGACUUCCAUUUUUCUUCCCCACCUCGGAGACACGUUCAGACAGUGACGCUAGAGCCCUCUGCAGCACACGAGGCCUCGGUACACGCGCUGGCCCACUGCAGAGACGAGCUCUCGAGAAUUCUGGCUCUCCAGCUGAAACCAGAGCUACUCGUUGAGCAGCUCAUCAUAGAGAAUCGACUCAGGACCAUGAGCCUGGCCGCCUUCCCCGUCUUGGAAGCCGGUGGAAGUUCGCCGUCGCCCAAGCGGAGCGGACGUGCGUACAGUCAUAGCACGCCGAGUCUAGGGACUCUUCCAAACACGCACGUUGACUACAGGAGACAAAAGCACAAGAGAGCCUCUAGACAUAGAACGGCAGCAGCUAGAAGAAAAGCUAAGGAGCCAUAUCUGCAGUGGUGCGACAGUCUGUCCUCACACAGGAACCACACAGACGGAGUCCCAACUCACUGGCCACUUCCGGAAGUUUCUCAUUACCCGAGCGCUCUGCAUCGUCGCCGCAGUCAACCCUCACACAAUACCAAACCAACUAGCCAUCCAACUGCAACCUUUACAAACGACGCCACCAACAAACCUUCCACGCGCUACCGUCUGCCUAUAGUCUCUCCAACUCUUGCAGCUCCUGAGGUUUCGAACAGCCAGCCAAAGACCAGCACACCCCGACACACACUUCUCUAUAAACCAGAAGGUUCCAGCAAGCACCACAAAUCCAGCUCUCUCGCUAAAAGCUCUUCUUUCUACUAUCCCAGCGUCAGUUACUCUAACUCAAAACACAUGAAGCACAACUUGGAAUAG